CUCUCUCCCCGGCCGCACGCGUCGACGACACGCCGAUGGAGAAACCGGAAGCAGCCACGGUGGCGCCGGAGGCCGGCGCCGGCGACGACGCCGACGGGUACCGCAUCCGGCCGCUCGAGCUCGGGGACAUCUCCAAGGGCUUCUGCGACCUCCUCGCGCAGCUCUCCCCGUCCGCGCCGCUCACCGAGGACGCCUACCGCGCCCGCUUCGCGGAGCUCGCGCGCCUCGGCGCCGACCACCUCGUCCUCGUCGCGGAGCACGCCGCCACGGGCCGCCUCGCGGCGGCGGGGGCGGUGCUCGUGGAGCGCAAGUUCAUCCGGCGCUGCGGCACCGUGGGGCACGUCGAGGACGUGGUGGUGGACGCCGCCGCGCGCGGCCGGGGCCUCGGCGAGCGAGUCGUGCGCCGCCUCGUGGAGCACGCCAGGGGGAGGGGGUGCUACAAGGCCAUACUGAACUGCACCCCCGAGCUCAAGGGGUUCUACGCCAAGAUCGGAUUCGAGGAGAAGAACGUCCAGAUGGGGCUCUACUUCUGAUCUAGGUUCCGCUUUCUCGGAUCUCUUCCUGGUGAUGUUUACUACUAGUAGCUGUUGACUUAUCGAUGAAAUGUGAUUGGAAUUAUUAUUUGUGCUUUUAUGGCUUGAUGAUUUGAACAAUUGUCUUGGUUAAAGAUUUGCAAUCUAUCAAAGUAGCAAUCCUUGCUGCUUCCAUGAA